CUGUUUCAGUACCUACUACUGCUUUGGCUUUCUGGACUGUGCACAGUAUGGUGAAUUGCUUAUGUGUGCAGUAUAACGGCACUGUUUCGGUACCUACUACUGCUUUGGCUUUCUGGACUGUGCACAGUAUGGUGAAUUGCUUGUGUGCAGUAUAACGGCACUGUUUCGGUACCUACUACUGCUUUGGCUUUCUGGACUGUGCACAGUAUGGUGAAUUGCUUGUGUGCAGUAUAACGGCACUGUUUCAGUACCUACUACUGCUUUGGCUUUCUGGACUGUGCACAGUAUGGUGAAUUGCUUAUGUGUGCAGUAUAACGGCACUGUUUCGGUACCUACUACUGCUUUGGCUUUCUGGACUGUGUACAGUAUGGCGCCUUGUGUGCGUUGCCUACAUGGGACAGACAUGUAAUGGGGUUAGGGUUCUUGCUUGUCUUGAGUAGAUACGUACAGGAAGUCAUUGCUCAACAGGUGGUGUGCACUUAUAGGAGCAGUAACCAAGCAGAUACUUCCAGAGUGCGAAGUAACAAAACCACAGCUCAAGCUCAUCACUUUACACCCAGCACCGACCUACUGAAGUAGAGAUGACCUAUGAAGACUACCCGGAGGAGUUCAACAACAACAACCAUGACCCUGAUGACCACAGCAUGCUCCACGGCAUCUUUCUACCUAUUGCAUAUUCCAUAACUUGUGUUCUUGGGCUUAUCGGAAAUGUGCUCAUUAUAAUCGUGUUUGUGUUUUAUGAAAAGAUAAAGACCCUCACGGACACAUUUUUGAUCAAUUUGGCCGUUGCUGACAUUCUGUUUCUGACCACUCUCCCGUUCCUGGCAUAUGAAUCGGCACAUAGCUGGGUUUUUGGCAACUUCCUGUGUAAGAUGCUAAGGAGCACAUACAGAGUCAAUCUCUAUACGUCCAUGCUGACUCUCACCGCCAUCACUUUUGACAGAUUCAUUUCAAUCACUAAAGUUACCAAAGCCAAUAAAUACCAAGUGACCAAGCAGAAUUGGAGGUGCGUGGUGUGCGCUUCCCUCUGGGUGCUGGCUCUGGGUCUUUCCAUUCCCCAGUUCAUAUACAAUCGUGUUUCUGAGCACCACCAUUGCUAUGAGAUCUUUGACCCUCCCAUAAUGGAGCUUGUGCUGGUUUCUAUUCAGAUGGCUGUAGGUUUUAUAUUACCCUUGACCUCCAUGAUCUUUUGUUACAGUUUUAUUCUAAGGACUUUGGUUAAUGCCCAAGGUGUCCAGAAGAAGAAGUCAAUGAAGAUAAUAUUGGCCAUAGUGGUUGUGUUCAUAGCCACACAGCUGCCUCAUAAUGCUCUUGUCCUGGCACUUGCCUUAAAAAAAGAUUUCCAUUCAAAUACAUUCUUUGUUAGAGUGAGCAUAAUCAUGGAGGCUGUUGCUUACGUUCACGCUUGUCUCAACCCAGUCCUGUAUUUCUUCGUUGGUACAAAAUUUAGAAAGCAUUUCUGGAAAAUCUUGAGAGGUUUAGGUCUGAAUAGAACAUUGGAGGAAACGACUGAUCAUCUGCAGGGAACUGAUGGAGACUCCAAGAAUGUUUCUGCAUCAACAAACCUCUUUGUCACAAGUGUGUAGAGCAGGCAUGCUCAACCUGCGGCAUUCCAGCUGUUGCAAAACUACAACUCCCAGCAUUCUCGGACAGCCUACAGCAGGGCAUUGUCAGAGUUGUAGUUUUACAACAGCUGGAGGGCCUGCAGGUUGAGCAUCCCUGGUGUAGAGUGUUUCUCCUGAGCACGGAGACAUCAGCGUGGAUCUGAAGAAGAGAGCGCCGCAGUGACUGGAUUGUGUCUGGUUCUGGUCACACUUCACUCCUACUUCUGUUGUCCUGUCAGUAGAUGCUUGAUGGACCUGUUAGAUGUCAGAUUGGAGACCUGACACCAGCAGGAGCAGCAUUGUAUGAGUAACGCUUAAUGAUAACUGAGAAAUGGCAUAUGCUUUAAUAAAUAACUAAGACUGA